AUGAAAUUAGAUCGCACGACAUCUGUUUUGCAGUUAACACUGGAAGCUUUGGAACGUUUGUUGAACGUGGUCGAUGAGACAAAGCAAGCACCUUCAAUAAUUGCUUCAUUUGAAAAGAUUCGAAACGUGUUGCUGUCGCAGAAGGAUGUGCUCGAGGAGAUUUAUCGUCAGAGUAAACGUGAAGGAUACCAACGUGUUAGGAAGGUGGUGCUGACACCGACACGAAUUCUGUUCGUUGUACCCGAGCUGCUGAUGGGUAAUCGAGUGCUGAGGAAUUACGAUAAAGACNUUGGUCAGUCAUCGUUCGGUUUCAUUCAUGAUUAG